AUGCAGCGGACAUCCUUCACGCGCAUUGACCCCAAGCGGCGCGCAGACGUCGACUUCAAGAAACGCCAAUUCGCAAAGCCGACAUGGAGAGAGCAAGAAUACAAGCACAGGCUUAACUUCUACAUCUUACCACCCACCGCAGAGAUUACACUCGAGGAGUUUGAGGAGUGGGCAAUCGCAAGACUAAAGGUUCUCUCCGAGCUCGAAUCAUGCAGCUUCCGCAACCGCUCGCCCGAAGAGACCGCCUCGUAUAUGGCACCCAUUCUGGAGAAGCACCUGCCGCUGCACAGCAACAGCAGCCGCAGCUCGCAGCUGGACGCCGAGCGUAAAAAGGAUCACUACUCGCACUUCAUCCUCCGCCUCGCCUUCUCCGCGACCGAGGAUCUGCGUCGCCGCUUCUCGCGCCUGGAAACAAUGCUUUUCCGCCUGCGUUGGCGCGAGGAGAACGUGAACGAAAGGCGUGAGUUCGUUGACAGCUUGGAUAUGGGCGGCCAGUGGGAGAAGGUUACUGAGGAGGAGAAGAGGGAGCUGGGCCAGGAUCUGCUCAGCGCGACGGCGGGGGGCGGGUUCGGGAAGAGGACGGAAGAGGAGGGCUGGUUCAAGGUGGAUUGGGAGAAGGUGCCGGAGCUGGUGGAACAGAGGAAGGUGCUCAUCAGGAGAGGAGUCGCUUAUGUUCCUGUGAGGGAGCAGGCGAGCUUGAUUGUUGCUGAAUACACGAGGAGGUUGGAUGAUGCGCUUGAGCUGACCUCUCGCGCACUGCCCCGGCUGGACGAAGAUGACCGCCUUUCCCCUAUCCUCUCUCACCUUUCGAAUAACUUCACCGCCCCGGAUACCACGUAUUCAUCCGAUACCUCCAUCGACGGCCUCUCCGCUCCCACUGCCGCCUCCGUCGAUGCGCUAUCCAAGCACUUCCCCCUCUGCAUGCAGCACCUGCACCGCACCCUCCGCCAAAACUCGCACCUCAAGCACUUCGGCCGCCUGCAAUACACCCUCUUCCUGAAGGGCAUCGGCCUCUCGCUCGAAGAAUGUCUGAUCUUCUGGCGGCGCAGCUUCAAGCUCAUGACCGACGAGAAGUUCAACAAGGAGUACCGCUACAACGUUCGCCACGCCUACGGCGACGUUGGCGGCGACGCCAACCGCCGCGGCCGCGGCUACACGCCCUACUCCUGCCAGAAGCUCACCACCGAGCCCCUGCCCGGCCCCGGCCAGACGCACGGCUGCCCGUACCGGACUUUCGCACCGGAGAAUCUGGUCUCGUUGCUCCAGCAGACGGGCGUCAAUGACGGGCAGGUGCUGAGGGAGGUCAGGGACGAUGUCAAGAGGCAGCGGUAUCACAUCGCGUGUAACCGCGUCUUCGAGUGGAAGCAUAAGGGUGAGAUUAAGAAGGUUAAGGAGGAGGGCACGUGGGGGGCCAGCGAGAUGGAUACGAUUUUGCAUCCGAACGAGUACUUCAAGAGGAGUUUUCUGCUGGGUCAUCUGGGAGAGGAUGGGGGCAGCGCGUUGAAAGAGGGGAUUAGGUCGCAAGGUUGA